GAUAUAUUUCCUUAUAUGAUUACUCAAUUAUUAUUUAUAUUUAUUUGUUUAAUUGAUGAUAGACUGCGUCAGAUAAAGAUCAAACAAUGGCUUUGGAUGCUUUGAAUGCCACUUAUGAUAUCGCCAAAGCUCAACUAGAUGCUGCCAAAAAACCAUCUCUGAUUGCUGGAUAUAUAUCAAACUAUAUGGGCAAGAAUAAUACUGAUACCAAGACUGUGGUUCGUCCUUCCGAAAUGUCUAGUGCUCAUUCUCAAUAUCCACCCAAUGGUGUAAUGCGUGCACAUGUCCUAAAGGCCGAAUGUUGCUUACAGAUAGCCAUCAUUCAGCUUUUACAAGAAUCCGUUAUGAGCUAUGUCAAAUGUGGACUUAAUCUUCGUCGAGCAUACUCAAGUUACACUAUUGUCUGGCAAGAAUUCAAAAAAAUGGGAAGUGAUCAUACAAAAUAUAUGGAUAGUGAUACUGUCUCAGGCGUUCAAUUUGGGAUUGGUGCCGUGCAUUUGGUACUUUCUGCUUUACCUGCUAAAAUUUUGAAGGCAGUAUCUGUUCUUGGUUGGCGACCUGACAAGAAACUUGGAUUUGAAUUACUGAACGAAUGUGCGAAGAGUAAACGGGUUCGUUCAUCUAUGGCUACUAUGAUGCUCCUUGCUUAUUAUUCUGCAGCGACCUCAUUUGUCCCACAAUUAUUAUCAGAUCAAUACACAAAAGCAGCCAUGGAAACACUUUUAGAAGCUCAACGUUAUUAUCCCAAUUCAGCAUUUUAUCUUUUCUUUGCAGGGCGUAUUUCAAGAUUGGCAUCAGAUUUACCUUUAUCAACACAGUCUUAUCUCUAUGCGGCUGAAAUCAGCAAAAACGAAUGGGCCGAAGUAGCAGUCUCCAACUCGUGUCGCUUUGAAAUUGCUAUUAAUCAUAUGAUUACUGGCAACUGGGAACCAGCGGCUGAAGCAUUUGGCUUUUUAUGUGAACAAAAUUACUGGUCGGCAGCUUUUUGCAAGUAUGCUCAAGGAGCUUGUUUGGAAAUGAUGGGAUUACGCACCGAAGCGAUUCUUGCCUUUGCUGAGGUAUCCAAUCUGGUGGUGAAAAAACUUGGAGGACGUAUGACUGAUAUUGACGCUUAUGUAUUGCGAAAAGUAAUGGCUUUUCAGGCAAGUGGGUAUCAAGAUCUUGAUUUCUAUAUCCCAGCUCUGGAAUUCAUGUGUAUUUGGAAUCAACUGUCUUUCAUCAACCCUAUUUUAUUACAACAACAUAUGACUAAGGUGGAAAACACAUUAGCAGCCCUCCAGGCAAGAGAAGACGAAGAAUAUAGUAUUCGAAUGCGCGAAGUUGCUCCUGAUACGCCUCUCCCAGAUCAUUUUGAUCAUCGUGCCGUGCUUUUACUGAUCCGUGCUUCUCUCCAUAAUGUCUUGGGUGAUCAUAAUAGUACAACUUUACAUCUGAAUUGGAUCAUCGAUCAUCAACAAAACAUUUCUCAAGAUUCGUGGGCUGUACCUUUUGCACUUUGGGAAGCGGGUAUUUCAUGUUGGUUUUUGGAGCGUCGGGAACGUAGUCGUCAUCUUUGGGAAAAAGCACUUGGUCAUUCUAAAUUCGAUUUUGAACAUAGAUUAGCUGUGCGACUCAAUUUGGCUUUAGGACGAUGUGAUGAUUUAGGCAUCUUGAAACCUGAACCUAUUCCUAGUCAAUCCAAAAAACGAUUCUCUUUGUCAAUUCCUUCUCUUUCAUGAAGAUCAUCCUAUGGUUGAAUAUAUACGAUAUUUUGUCUUUGAUAGUUAUGAUUUCUUUUUUAUAUUAGUAUAGUUGUUUAUUUAUUUGUAUUUGUUUUUUAUUAUUCAAUAAAAAGAAAAGAUAUUUGUGUAUGUAAAAAAAAUCAAAGU